UCUCUCUCUCUCUCUCUCUCUCUCUCUCUCUCUCUCUCUCUCUCUCUCUCUCUCUCGGCAGCGGCGGUGAGUCGGGAGACAAAGAGAGAGAGCGAGACGGGAGAGAGAGAGACACCAGACCGAGUGACGACAGACAGGAGAAGGGGGCAGCGCGAGACCGACAGGAGGGGGAGACAGACAGACAGACAGACAGACAGACAGACAGAUAAACAGAAAGACAGACAGACAGGUGGGGGGGGGGGGUAAACAGAGAAAGACGGGCCUCACACCGCGGCAUCAUGAUGGCGGACCACAUGUUCCUCUGAGGGGGGGCGCGUUGUUCAGUGGGUGUGUUCCGACCGACCGACCGUGUGUGUGUGUGAUCGGUGUUGUGUACCGGGGAAGUGAUGGGGAAUGCAGAGAGCAUGGAGUCUCAACUCGCGGUGAUACGGUCCAGAGCCGCUCCGGUCCGCCUCCCGAUGCCCGAACCCACCGAACUCGAAGAGAGGUUCUCUAUAGCGCUGAACUCCAUGAACCUGCCUCCUGAUAAGGUGCGUCUGCUCAGAUCCUACGACAGCGACAAGAAAUGGGAGCUGAUCUGUGACCAGGAGAGGUUUCAGGUGAAGAACCCCCCCCACACUUACAUCCAGAAACUGAGAGGCUUCCUGGACCCGGCCGUCACACGCAAGAAGUUCAGACGGAGGGUUCAGGAGUCGACUCAGAUGCUGAGAGAACUGGAAAUUUCUCUUCGGACCAAUCACAUCGGGUGGGUGAGGGAGUUCCUGAAUGAGGAGAACCGGGGUCUGGAUGUCCUCGUAGAAUAUCUGUCCUUCGCUCAGUACGCCGUCACGUUUGAUGGGGAGCAGGUGGAGGUUGGAGGCGAGGCAUCGUCCAUCGACUCGCCCUGGAGCCGCUCCAUCGAGGAUCUGCACGGAGAUGCCGGCCUCCCCUCGCCGUCCUCCUCAGGACCAAGAGCUGCCCGACACUCCAUCAGCUCUGCGAUGGUGACUCGCUCCAACACGCUGCCCAGUCGUCGGACUCUGAAGAACUCCAGACUCGUCUGCAAGAAAGACGACGUCCACGUUUGUGUCAUGUGUCUGAGAGCCAUCAUGAACUACCAGUACGGAUUCAACAUGGUGAUGUCUCACCCUCACGCUGUCAACGAAAUAGCCCUCAGCCUCAACAACAGAAACCCCAGGACAAAAGCUCUGGUGUUGGAGUUGCUGGCGGCGGUUUGCUUGGUCAGAGGAGGACAUGAGAUCAUCCUGUCGGCCUUCGACAACUUCAAAACUGUGUGCUCAGAGUCGAUGCGUUUUGAGAAGUUGAUGGAACAUUUUAAGAACGAAGACGACAACAUCGACUUUCUGGUGGCCUGCAUGCAGUUCAUCAACAUUGUGGUUCACUCGGUGGAGGACAUGAACUUCAGGGUUCACCUGCAAUAUGACUUCACCAAACUCAACCUGGACGAGCACCUGGAGAGGCUGAAGCACACGGAGAGUGACCGGCUGCAGGUGCAGAUCCAGGCGUACCUGGACAAUGUGUUUGACGUUGGGACGCUGCUUGAAGACGCAGAGACCAAGACCGCUGCUCUGGAGAGGGUGGAGGAGCUAGAGGAGAACCUGGGCACGAUGUCUGCCCGGGUGCUGGACAUAGAGAACGAGGCAAUGCUGAAGAUUGUGGAGCUGGAGAAGCAACUGAUGCAGACCAACAAGGAGCUGGACCAGAUCCGGGACGUGUAUGCCAGCACUAACUCCCAGGUCCACACAUUGCGGCGCAUCGUCCGGGAGAAGGACCAGACGAUCCGGAGACAGAGUCGUCUGGAGCGUCAGGCUCAGGAGGCACAACAGGCCGGAGGACCAGGAGCUCCACAACCACCCAGAGGAGAGGGUGACGGGGGAGUCGGGGACUCAGCCUCCCCCUCACCUCCACCCUGUCCUAAUCUGUCCCCGAGUCCAGAGACCAUAACCUAUCACAGCAUGGCUCCAGGGAUAGGCGGAGCUUUGGGGAUGCUUGCCCCGCCCCCGCCCCCACCUCCUCCACCAAUGCCAGGCACAGUUUCCAACGGGUCAUUUCCUGCUCCUCCCCCCCCCCCACCACCACCUCCCCCCCCUCCUCCCUGUCGGACCAGUGAACUCUCGUCCUGCCUCACCCCCCCUCCUCCCCCUGUGGCCCCCCCUCUCCCGGGCUGUGGACCCACCGUCAUCUUCAACUCUGGACUUGCAGCGGUGAAGAUAAAGAAGCCGAUCCAGACAAAGUUUCGGAUGCCGGUGUUGAACUGGGUGGCUCUGAAGCCGAGCCAGAUCAACGGGACCGUCUUCAACGACAUCGACGACGAGGCCAUCCUGGGGGACAUUAACGUGGAAGAGUUUGAGGAGCUGUUUAAGACGAAGGCUCAGGGUCCCGCGGUGGACUUGACUCUUUCCAGACAGAAAGUUCCUCAGAAAGCUCCGUCCAAAGUCUCUCUGCUGGACGCCAACCGGUCUAAAAACCUGGCCAUCACUCUGAGGAAGGCGGGUCAGGGGUCAGAGGUCAUUUGUCGCGCCAUCCACACGUUCGACCUGCGGACGGUGAGAGUGGACUUUGUUGAAUGCCUGAUGCGUUUCUUGCCGACGGAGGCCGAGGUGAAGUUGUUCCGUCAGUACGAGCGAGACAGGAAGCCUCUGGAGGCUCUGAGCGACGAAGACAGGUUCAUGAUGCAGUUCAGCCGCAUCGAGAGGCUCACCCAACGCAUGAGCAUCCUCACCUUCAUGGGCAACUACAGCGACAACCUGCAGAUGCUGACGCCGCAACUCCACGCCAUCAUCGCUGCUUCAGUCUCUAUAAAAUCCUCCCAGAAGCUCAGAAGAUCCUGGAGGUCAGAGUGUAUAGAGAUCAUCCUGGCUCUGGGGAACUACAUGAACAGCAGCAAGAGGGGAGCUGUUUAUGGAUUCAAACUGCAGAGUUUAGACCUGCUGCUGGAAACCAAGUCCACAGACAGGAAGCUGACACUGCUGCAUUACAUCGCUAACGUGGUGCGGGAGAAAUACCCGACCAAGAGUCUCUUCUACAACGAGCUGCACUACGUAGACAAGGCCGCUGCAGUGAGUCUGGAGAACGUUCUGCUGGACGUCAAGGAGCUGCAGCGUGGCAUGGAUCUGACCUGGAGAGAGUUCAGCGUAUCGCACAACGCCAUCCUGAAGGACUUCAUCAGCCGGCACGAGGCACGACUCAGCAAACUGACCGAGGACGCCCACAUCGCACAGGAUGCAUUCGAGGACGCGGUGAAAUUCUUCGGAGAAAGUUCGAAAACGAUGCCUCCGUCCGUCUUCUUCCCCAUCUUCGUCCGAUUCAUUAAAGCGUACCGGCUGGCAGAGGAGGAAAACGAUCAGAGGAGGCGUCAGGAGCAGAUCCAGGAACAGAUGCUUCUGGAGAAACUGGAGCAGGAGGAGCAGCAGGAGGAGGAGAGCGCCAAGUCUCCCUCCCACCGGGGCAAGCGGCAGCAGCAGGAGCUCCUCUCUGAACUCAGACGGAAACAAGGGAAGGAAAGCCGUCACGUUUACGAGGGGAAGGACGGAGCAAUAGAGGACAUCAUCACAGCUCUGAAGACCGUCCCCUUCACGGCUCGAUCGGCCAAACGCAGUUCUCGCUUCUUCUGUGACCCCGCCCACUCCGAGGAGCAUUACUGAUGACAUCACACACAGGAGGAGAACCGGAGGGAAGGGCCUUGUUUGUUUGUGAUGAUCAGCUCGAGGCCAGCGGCGUUCGGUUCUUCGUGGUUUUGUCGUCACGCCUCGGCGGAGAGGAACCAGUUUUUGUUUUGGUGUUUUUUUACGCACACAUUAAACCAUGAUAAUGGGAAUGCACCUUCAGUCUGACGGGUUCUCCGCUGGACACGCCCACUAAUCGACGGGACCAAUCAGCACUUUGUUUUCUACAUUUCUGCGAUGUGGUGUUUAUAUGUUGUGAUCGGUCAGCACCAGACCAAACUCCAACCUGAAAACAGAGUUAAGGUUCUGCGAUCUUGCAGGUUCUGGAGUUCUCUGGUUCUGUAGGUUCUGGAGUUCUCUGGUUCUGGAGUUCUGCACGUUCUGUGGUUCUGGAGUGCUCUGGUUCUGUAGGUUCUGGAGUUCUCUGGUUCUGGAGUUCUCUGGUUCUGGAAUUCUGCACGUUCUGUGGUUCUGGAGUUCUCUGGUUCUGGAGUUCUCUGGUUCUGGAAUUCUGCACGUUCUGUGGUUCUGGAGUGCUCUGGUUCUGGAGUUCUGCACGUUCUGUGGUUCUGGAGUGCUCUGGUUCUGCAGGUUGUGUUUCUGCUGCCGGUCUGUAUCUGUUGAGGGUUCUGCUCGCACUGCGUUGUGUUACUGUAUGACGAGCCUUACUACAGCGUGGGGGGGGGGUUAAUGUUAAAAAGCAACUUAUCUGUGAAUUCUCCCCCCAUGCAUUUCAAACGAAGGGUCUAAGGGGGGGUUAAAGAACCCAUAAUAAAAAUUAGAGUGUGAACCUGAUAGCUCACAGUGUAGCCACAUUAUGCUAACGCCUCACAUCAAACUGAAUAAAAUAAAGAAGAUGAACUGAGCGGCACGGCUGUCAGCAUUAAUGUUAGCAGGGCUGCUGGCAUAGACAACUCAAACAGGUCUCUGAGUACAGGUCUCUGAGUACAGGUCUCUGAGUACAGGUCUCUGAGUACAGGUACCUGAGCACAGG